UUCGCUGUGUUUGCUUGACGGCCGCUUACCCCCGCAACCCCACGUUGCUAUAUAUCUAGCGCUAGAAAAGGAAGGAAGGACAGCGGUCAAUAGAGCGAGUGGAGCUGUUUACCUCCCCUUUUCCACGACAGCGUCGAAGUUCGAUAUCCAAUUCUGCUUCGUCAGGCACCCUCAUUUUCUCAAACACCCCCCCAGUCCCCUCAUUCACUCUUCUGCACGGGAAUAUCGCCAUCCAGCCAUAAGCGAUAAGCAUGGUUCUCGAAAACAAAUAUGUCGGCCUGAUAUUGGCCCUCUCGUCUAGUUUCCUUAUUGGAACGAGUUUCAUCAUAACGAAACUCGGCUUGUUGGAUGCGGCUCGAACGCAUGGAGGGAGCGCUGGGGAGGGCUACAGCUAUCUACAAAAUCACAAAUGGUGGGCUGGGAUGAUAACGAUGGUGCUUGGGGAAAUAGCGAAUUUUCUCGCAUAUGCUUACGCACCAGCAAUUUUGGUGACGCCUCUCGGUGCGGGAAGCGUCGUUAUCAGCGCGAUUUUGGCUUCCUUUUUCUUGAACGAGGAGCUGGGCAUGGAGGGGAAGAUUGGAGCUGCGCUAUGCAUCAUUGGAUCCGUGGUCAUCAUUCUCCACGCUCCAGCAGAACCAGAUGUGGUGACAACAGAUCAGAUUCUGGAGUAUGCUCUGAGACCAGGAUUCGUAAUCUACAUGCUCCUGGUUGCAGCAACAUCACUGACAUUAAUCUAUAAGAUCGCCCCAAUCUACGGCAAACGCAGCAUGAUUGUCUACAUCGCUAUUUGCUCGCUGGUCGGGUCCGUGUCGGUCAUGGCGGUCAAGGGAUUCGGCACCGCCGUUCGCGUCACAUUUGCCGGACAGAAUCAAUUCAUCUAUCCAUCGACAUACGUGUUCCUUCUCACCGUUGUCGGGUGUGCGAUGGUGCAGAUGAACUAUUUCAACAAGGCCCUGGAUUUGUUCUCUACAAACAGAGUGACACCAAUCUACUACGUCUUCUUUAGCACCGCGACAAUUAUCGCGUCGAUCCUGUUAUUCCAGGGCUUCGAGGAUGCCAGCGGGCGUGACGUCGUGUCCAUGUUCUGCGGCUUCCUCACCAUUUUUGUUGGAGUCUUCCAACUCAACUCCCAUAAACCCUCCUCAGGGCACUCAGGCGGCGCCCACCCAAGCGCCAUGGACAAGUUCACAGACGCGAGUCGACGGAACUCGCUAUCCGCCGCGGGCCUCGCAACGGCCCUCGUCAACGAAGCCCAUUUGCUCAAGACAUUCGACGAAGAGUCGGCGCCUCUUAGGGAUUUGGAUCAUGGUGAUGAUUCCGAUUGACUGGCGGACCCAAGACAUCGGUACCCGUCCGGUUGAUCGUAAGGAGGUGGAAAAGCGCUUCAACCCACCUCUAGUUUUUGUACAUUUCAUUUUGCUCGCGCGGCAUUUGUCAAUGGGCCCUCAGCCAGCAAGCGGGAGCACACCCCUCUGACUUUGCCCUUGCCUCUCCGUGCCGUGCCCUCGUCUCUCCCCCUCCCCUUUGAAUCCUUUUACCUCGUUUUCUUUUUGGAUGUGAGUCCGUAGAUUAUCCAUAAGACCA